AUGGGGUUCUCGACGAUUGAGUUCGACAAGUACAAUCCUUCCUCCGAGAAGGCAAGCGAUGCCCGCCAGGACCUCGCCCACCUUGACUACUCCCCGUUGAAGCGCAUCUCGGGGCGGUCAUGGGCUAUGGGUAUUCUCAUCUCCAUGGGCGGCAUGGUUUUCGGCUAUGACACGGGUCAGAUCUCCGGAUUCCUCGAGAUGCCCGACUUCCUCGACCGGUUCGGCGAGCACAAGUCCGACGGCUCCAUCAAGUUCAGCAACGUCCGCUCCGGUCUCAUUGUCGGUCUCCUCUCCAUCGGCACCCUCAUCGGUGCCUUGUGCGCUGCCCCCAUCGCCGACAAGUUUGGUCGCCGGUACUCCAUCUCCUUCUGGUGCCUCAUCACCUCCAUCGGUUUCGUUAUCCAGAUUGCUACCGACAGAGCAUGGGAACAGAUCAUGGUUGGCCGUUUAGUCGCUGGCUUCGGUGUCGGUGCUCUCAGUCUCAUUGUCCCAAUGUUCCAGGCCGAGACUGCGCCGCCAUGGAUUCGUGGUGCCCUCGUUUGCGCCUACCAGCUCUUCAUCACCCUCGGCAUCUUCCUCGCCGCUUGCUUUAACUACGGCACCGUCACUCAUCUCGAACACAACUCUGGCUCCUGGCGCAUCGUCAUUGGUCUUGGUUGGCUCUGGACCAUCAUCCUUGGCGUCGGCAUCCUCGCCUUCCCCGAGACUCCUCGUUAUGACUACCGCAUGGGCAACGUGGAGCGUGCCAAAAGCACCCUCUGCCGAGUAUACGGCGCCCCCGAGAACCACUACAGCAUCUACAUCCAACUCGAGGAGAUUGAGAGCAAGCUCCGAGCCGAGUCACAGAUCAAGGGCAACGCCGUCCAAGAAUUUUCUGGCAUGUUCAAGGCUCCGAAAAUGGCCCAGCGUAUUGCCUUGGGUUGUGGACUGCAAAUGCUCCAGCAACUCACGGGUGCCAACUAUUUCUUCUACUACGGCACCACCAUUUUCUCGUCAGUGAACAUCAACUCUUUCAUCACGCAGAUCAUCCUGAACGCCAUCAACUUCGGAACCACUUUCAUUGGUCUCUACAUUGUUGAGCACUAUGGUAGACGCAAGUCGCUGAUGGUCGGCUCCGGCUGGAUGUUCAUCUGCUUCUUGAUCUUCGCAUCCGUCGGUCACUUCAGCCUGAAUCGCGAUGACCCCCAAAGUACCGUCGGCCCUGGCAUCGUGCUCAUCGUUUUCGCUUCUCUCUUCAUUCUGGGCUUUGCCACCACUUGGGGACCUAUGAUCUGGACCAUCCAAGCCGAACUCUUCCCGUCAAGAUACCGCGCCAAGGCCAUGUCUCUCUCCACCGCCAGCAACUGGAUCUGGAACUUCUUCAUCGGCUUCUUCUCGCCCUUCAUCACUGGUGCCAUUGACUUCCGUUACGGUUACGUCUUUGCCGGAUGCAACCUGGUUGCUGGAUUUGUCGUCUACUUUUUCGUCAUCGAGGGCCAGGGACGUACCUUGGAGGAGAUUGACACCAUGUACUUGGAGGGUGUCAAGCCGUGGAAGAGCACCCAAUGGGUACCUCCCUCUGCUGAGGAGAUGCACCGCAUCCGCCAGAAGGCUGGAACAGACCUCGACGCCAAUGCCAGUGAUGGCGGCGUGCAGAGUGAGAAGGGAGAGCAGCCCAAGAGCGCUCUCAACGGAACCUCUCAUCAGGAGAGAGUUUAA